AUGUCAAGCAAUGUCACAAAAAUCGUUGAAGAAAACAAGAAAAGCAGACACUACAGUCUUUCUCUCAGCGACAAGAGCAUCACCCAACUGACGCAGAUUUCUUCCGACUUCAGCCAACUGCAGCACCUCUCCGAGCUCAUUCUCGCGCACAACGGCCUCAAACAGCUCGCUGCUUCGAUCACAAACUUAAAGAAUCUCAAACUGCUCAACUGCUUCAACAAUGAGCUCGUCGAGCUUCCCGGAAACUUGUCGGAGGUGAAUUCAAGAGCGCGAUUCUUUUCUAGAAGCCCUUGUUUAUGCUGCAAGAGCUGA